AUGGCAAACCCUCCACCCACCUCCGUACCAGGAGGCGGUCUACCACAUGCCCUCAUCAUGAAAGUCCUCCGUUUAGCUCGCCCAUCACUCGCAACACAAACCCCACUACCUCAUACAAACUUUGGCAAUGGCUUGGAUCUUCCGCCUGUGGCCUCGCUAGCCUAUCCUUCUCCGGAUGCAGAUUCUACGAGCUUCCCACUGACGACACUCCUGACGUUACCUUCGGCUUUCGGCGCGGCGUACGUGGGCGAGACGUUCACGUGCACAUUAUGCGCCAACGAUGUUCGGGAGGAGGAUGAGGCGGCAGGGAGAGGGAAGAGGAGUAUAAGUGCUGUCAAGUUCGCGGCAGAGCUACAGACGCCUAGCGAACCGUCUGGGAAAGCACUGCAGCUCUCCAGCGCCGAGAGGACAGACGAAACGAACAGCGACGAUCUACCACCAGGCUCGACCGUCCAACGUACACUCCGCCACGAACUCAAGGAGGAGGGCCCGCACGUCUUGGCUGUCACGGUCACGUAUACGGAGACCUCUCAUGAUCGCGAAGGAGGAGCUAGUGGAGGUCGAGUGAGAAGUUUUAGAAAAGUGUAUCAGUUUGUUGCGCAGCAAUUGAUUGCUGUGAGGAGUAAGAUCACUGAGCGCAGUAGCAAACGUACUGAGAAGGAUAGUGGGAGCAGACAAUGGGUCCUGGAAGCACAGCUUGAGAAUGUUGGGGAGGCGGCAGCUGUGGUAUUGGAGAAAGUGUGGUUGGAUGGGAGGAAGGGUCUGAGGUCCAAGGAUCUGGGUGGGAGCGAGGGUGAGGUUGUUGUGCUCAAGCCUGGGGAUGUGGAGCAAGUCAUGUUCCUGCUUGACCAGAAGUUGGAAGAGGGAGAAGCUGAGGCGGAAGUCUUUGUUUCUGGGAAUCAGGAGCUGGCGAGGUUGAAUGUGGAUUGGAGAGGUCCUGUGGGCGAGAGGGGGAGUCUGACUACAGGGUGGCUGGCGAGUAGGGGUAGAUGA